AUGAAUAAGUUUUUGUGGGAUUUAACGUAUUUCCAACAAAGAGCGAUUCUUGCUCCAACUAAUGAAGUAGUGGAUUCAAUAAAUAAAGAGCUGUUAGAGAGUCUGCCUGGUGAAGAAAAGGUUUAUUUUAGUUCAGAUAGUUUAUGCCAAUCAGAGGAAGAAUCAGAGCUUAAUAUGGUGUUGUUUCCUCCUGAUGUGUUAAACAAUCUUCGUUUAUCUGGUUUACCUAAUCAUAAAUUAAUACUGAAAGUUGGUGCUCCGGUGAUGUUACUCAGAAACAUUGAUCAGGCAAAUGGAUUGUGUAAUGGUACACGUUUACAAAUCACGAAGCUCGGAAAAGUUGUGAUUGAAGCAAAAAUUAUCACAGGGACUAAUAUAGGUCAUCAUACUUUGAUUUCAAGACUGAAGAUGACACCUUCAGAUAAAAGAACACCAGUGAAGAUCUCUAGAAGACAAUUCCCACUUUCACUGUGUUUUGCUAUGACAAUAAAUAAAAGUCAAGGACAAUCAUUGGAGCGUGUUGGUUUAUAUCUUCCAUGUCCAGUGUUUAGUCAUGGUCAGCUCUAUGUUGCUGUAUCUAGAGUAAAAAGUAGGAAGGGAUUGAAAAUUUUGAUUUGUGAUAAAGAGAAACGAGUCUGUACAACCACUACUAAUGUGGUUUACAAAGAAGUUUUACAAAAUCUAUGAUGAUACUAAACAUCUGUCAACCUGGCAACGUCUGUUGGGUAUAAUGGAGGAACUGUUGUUAGGAAAUGUUUGUUGGAAAGCAAUACAACUUUUUGAAAGCAUCUGAUACUUGCUCUG